GGCCGGUAGUGGCAUCCCUCUCGCGUCCGUUUUGGCGGAACAGCAAGGCGGGAUGAAGCAUAUCACCUAUCGGAAUUAAAACAGUGCGACUGCCGGAUUCACAUAUGUGGAAUGUAACCAGAUUUUUAACAACAUUAUUUUACGCAUGCAUUAUAAGCAUAUUGAUGUCAAUUUCAAGAGAAGGACAAUCUGAUUGGUGGAGACGUUAAGAUGGGGAAAGUCCUUAGCUGUUCAUAAUGGGAUUUUGGGGGAUGCAAUGGCCGACAGGAGACGUCUUCUCUCUGAGUGGAUACAGGCAGUAGGGUGGUGACCGCAGAACGUCUCCUGUUUGUCCUUGUGUGCUGUGACAGUUUUUAGGAUGCGUUCCUUAAGGAAGACUGUGUUGUUGGCCAUUGUGGUGUCGGUGGUGUUGGUGGUGGCCCUCCUCCAUUCCUGGCCCACCCGGGCCUACACCACUGUGGAUGUCUGGCAGAGACCAGGGCCUGCAGUAGAGAGGUUCCCAGAACUAGACCACAGAUCUGCCAACAUCCCCUAUCGCGUGAAGGAGAGUGUUGCAGGUCUGUUGGCACGUAACGGAUGUGUGUGUGAGGGUGAGAGUGGGGGCAUGAACCUGCCCUUUGCCCAGCUGCUGUUCCCCCGGGUGUCGGCCCACCCCCUGCACACUGCCUUUGAGGCCUCUGAGCUGGAAGAGAUGAAGAAACGGAGGGCCAAGGAGUACCAGGGCUUCCAGAUGAGAUCUCAGACUCCUGCAGAUAUGCUCAUCGUGGCCGAGGCCAACAAUCCUCUGCAGUACCCAACACAGGGGGUGGAAGUACGGCCGCUCAAAACCAUCCUCAUCCCAGGACUUGCAGUACAAGACCAUCCCAGACAGCUGUACACAGUCAACUUUACCUCCACCCUGGGAACGUUAAACGUGGCAGCGGAGGUUGAGGGGGUAAAGGUCAAAGGUGACGGGGAGAUGCACAUGACCCUGACCAGCAGCCUGCUGUCCAACCUGAACCGGCAGCUACAGUUUGUCACCUACACCAACACACUGUUCCACCCUAGUACAGCAGACACUGUGCAGUUUGAGACAGAGGGUCACCAAGCCAUGUUUACUAUCAAGGUCCGUCAUGGUGUAACUCCGAAACUCUACAACACGGGACCCAAAGGGGAAUACAACAUCAGUGCCCUUGUUACCAUAGCAACCAAAACGUUCCUGCGCUAUGACAAGCUCCAAGAUCUCAUCGACAGUGUGCGACAAUACUAUUCCACUGUCACCAUAGUAAUAGCUGAUGACAGUGAAAACCCUAAGACAGUCUCUGGCCCCUACAUCGAACAUUAUAUCAUGCCAUUUGGAAAGGGCUGGUUUGCAGGAAGGAACCUAGCCGUUUCCCAGGUGACUACCAAGUAUGUGCUGUGGGUGGACGAUGACUUCAUCUUCACGGCCAACACCAAGCUGGAGAAACUGGUUGACGUCCUGGAGAGGACCACCCUGGACCUGGUGGGUGGUGCAGUGCGGGAGGCCACAGGCUACACUGCCACCUACAGGCAGACCAUCUCCAUUGAGCCAGGGGAGGAGGAGGGGGACUGUCUGCACAUGCGGAGGGGCUUCCACCACAUCAUCCAGGGCUUCCCAAACUGCGUGGUCACUGACGGGGUCAUCAACUUCUUCCUGGCCCGCACAGACAAGGUCCAGCAAGUGGGCUUUGACCCACGUCUGGCCAGAGUGGCCCACCUGGAGUUUUUCAUUGAUGGCCUUGGCUCACUUCACGUGGGAUCCUGUGAUAAUGUCAUCGUCAACCACGCCACCAAGAUCAAGCUUCCCUGGGUCAGCCAAUCAGAGAGUGACAAGACGUAUGCCAAGUUCCGCUACCCACCAGCCUCCUCGGAUGCCACACACACCAAAAACGGCCUCCUCUAUUUCAAGAACCGCUUCCAGUGUUUGACUCACAAUUAAAUCCCCUGUUUUGUUAA